AUGUCGACGGUCAAGAAUGGUAGGAUUAUCGCCAAACACCCUUCGGUAAAGAUACUGUCCCACAAGCAGAUUAAAACGACGAUCUAUGUUAAAUCCACAACGCCUUACAUCUCAGCAGUCAAAAGAGUGAACAAGUUUCUGAGCCAGUUGCAAAGACACGGAGCACAAUAUGUGACCGUAUUGGGUAUGGGUAAAGCUGUUGAAAAGACGCUUUCUGUGGGAUGCCAUUUCCAGGAAGAAAAGGGCAAAAAAGUAGUGGUGUUAACUCAAACCAUCCCAUUAGUGGAUGAGAUUCUUGCCGAACAAGCCGGCGACGAAGGCGAAAGCGCCGAAGAUAUUGAAGACGCGGAUUUAGAAACCGUACUGCGAAAAAGGACCGCUAGUGGUGUUGAGGUUCGAAUAUACCCCUAG